AUGAGAGCAACUCUAGUGAGCAUGGCACUGGCUGUGCGAGGGGCCAGACGGCUUGGUGGCAGCGAUCUUGUGGUGUCUGAAGCAUGCCUUGGAACCAUGACGUGGGGUGUGCAAAACAAUCAGGAAGAUGCCAAUGAACAACUUGAUUAUGCACGUGAUUUUGGAAUCAAUUUCAUUGACACUGCUGAGUUGUAUCCUGUUCCUCUCACCGCUCCGGAAUGGAGGGCAGGUACAACCGAAGAAAUCUUGGGGAACUACUUGAAGAAAAUUGGCUCGGCUGCUCGGGACGAGCUGGUUGUGGCCACUAAGGUGGCUGGAUUCUUUCCGAAUUCUCCAGUGGCAGCACAACGAUCCGUUCCUCCCAUCACCGACGGCCCUCUUCCAGACUGUCGGCUCGAUUCUCAGUCCGUCAACACAGCCUGCGAUGCUUCUCUGCGACGUUUGCAAACGGAUCGAAUUGAUCUUCUUCAAAUCCACUGGCCGGAUCGUUAUCUGCCCGUCUUUGGACAGCUACAGUUUGAUCACGACAAAAAGAGAGAAGGAGAAAUUCCCAUUAUCGAAACUGCAUCAGCAUUCCGGGACCUUAUUGAAGCUGGUAAAGUACGGUACAUUGGACUUUCAAACGAGUCACCAUACGGUGUCGCCGAAUGGAUCAAGGCUACUGAAGCACUGGGGAUACGCGACAAGCUCGUCUCGAUUCAAAACUCGUACUCUCUUCUGGAUCGUCGAUUUGAAGCCGAUUUGGCCGAAAGUUGUGCAAGGUACAAUAUUGGUCUGCUGCCUUGGUCAGUCCUUGCGGGAGGGUUGCUCAGUGGCAAAUACGCCUCGCAAACGGCCGGUCCAAAGUCUCGUUUCAUCAAGUAUCCCGAAUACAUGAGUCGGUGGUCACCAGCUACGGCAACUCCGGAAACAUUGCAAGCAGUUGACGACUACGUCAAGAUUGCGGAACAAGCCAAUCUGAGUCCCUCUCAACUUGCCAUUGCCUAUGUCCGGUCUCGUCGGUUUGUAUCUGAUUUGGGAAGUGUGAUUGUGGGCGCGACCACACUGGAGCAGCUGAAGGAAAACCUGGAGCCAUUCCAUGACGCACAUUCUCCAAAACUAGACUCCACCGUUGUGGAUGCCAUCAAUAAAAUCCAUAUGAGAUGCCGAGAUCCAAGUUGCUCCUUGUAA